UGGAAUCCUUUCCCACUAUAGUUCUCUACUUCUCUUGUAAGGAUGAAUUGACGAAGAUUGAUAUUUAUGGGAGGGACACAGAGACAAAGGUGAAUGCAGAAGACAAACUGUAUGGUGUACGAAAUGGGCGCUGCAGCCAGUCAGCCACUAACCAUGCAAAAAGCAAGCCGACGAAAGAAACCCAUUUUAGCAAAAGCAUCCACCCAUUUUGGCCUGGCUGUGAAGCCUUUGUCCUCUUUCACCCUCCCCUCGCGUCCUCGAUAGAUAGAGAAUGAGAUAAGAUAAUGGGCGCUCACUGCCACGUGGCACUGCCAUUGUGGUGGCAUCUUAAUCUUAACGAUGAGGCCCUCUGCCUCUCCAUUUCGAAAACCAAAUCCUGUGGCCAGAGAUGGGCUAACAGUGUCGUGAACCCAAUCCAAACCGACGGUGAGAUUGACUCCUCCACCAAUCAUCGACCGUCGGAUGGUAAUAAAAGGGAAUUGGGUCAGAGCACUAUAAGAAGGGCUGCUCUGUUUUGGGGGUGAGGCAGAGAAAGAAGGAAAAAAGCAAGCAGCUUUACUUAGUAGUGAAACCCAGAAGGCAGAGCAAGCCGAAUUGUAGAAAUGGCGUCCAUGAUUUCGUCCUCCGCCGUGGCCACCGUGAGCCGCACCGGCGCUCAGGCCAGCAUGGUCGCCCCUUUCACCGGACUCAAGUCCACCGCCGCCUUCCCCGCCACCAGGAAGUCCGUCAACGACAUUACUUCCAUCACAAGCAACGGUGGCAGAGUCCAAUGCAUGAAGGUGUGGCCACCACUGGGUUUGAAGAAGUACGAGACCCUCUCCUACCUUCCCCCAUUGACGGAGGAGCAGUUGGGCAAGGAGGUCGACUACCUGCUCCGCUCCGGAUGGGUUCCUUGCCUCGAGUUCGAGUUGGAGGUUCGUUCUCCGGUUUUUCAAAUACGAGUAGUAUUAUGUUAUAAUGUGCGUACUGAAACUUGGGUGUCGAUAUAUGCAGCACGGUUUCGUGUACCGUGAGAACAACAGGUCUCCAGGGUACUACGACGGAAGGUACUGGGUGAUGUGGAAGCUGCCCAUGUUCGGGUGCACCGACUCGUCGCAGGUGUUGAAGGAGCUUCAGGAGUGCGUCAAGGAGUACCCCCAGGCCUUCGUCCGCAUCAUCGGAUUCGACAACAAGCGUCAGGUGCAGUGCAUCUCCUUCAUCGCCUACAAGCCCGAAGGCUACAACUAAAACUCGCCGACCUCCAAUUUCUACGUACCUACGCCCACCAAAAUGAAAGGGUCUUUUGGCAUUGUUUUGACGAAGUGUUACAUAUGUGGAUGCCAGGCCUUUUUGUCCACCUUUUGCGUUUUCUUAUUCUUGUUGGGUUUUUUUCGAAAUUUUCAAUGUUUUCCCCGUGGCUGGAUUCGGAUGUUGAAUCCAACGGAUGAGAAUUGUUCAAAUAAUAAUAAUAGUACUUUGCAUAUACUGUACUUUUGUGUUUAAUCAGUUCACUUAUGGAAUCGGCUCUCCCCAUCUUUCUUUCUUUUGAUUGGUUGAUGUUGUGUUGAAUAAGGAUGCUUGCUAGUUUGGAU